AGAGCAUAUCUUUUCGAAUCUUACAAAUUUAAAAACACAUUUGUCCUAAAAAUAUUGGUUGCCUUUCUCUUUGACAUUAUAUUAUCACACACAUAUAUAGGAGUAUCAUUUUGCUGGAUUUCUUAUUGGAAACCGCCCCCACAAAAAUAAUCUCCAUGUCAAAAGAAGGAUCAAUGUGCAACCAUGCAUGUACCCGUUGCGUACUCAUUUGGGCACACCAUGCACCAAAGCAGAUGCCCCCACUCCAAAACAGCUCUAUAUAUACCCAAGACAUGCCGGUCCGACCCAAGCCACACCCUUCAUCAUACCUGUCUCAGAGCCAAACAAGACAGAGCCACCACGCGCCUCCCCUCCCGGCACGCACGCACCAAGCAGAACAGAGCAGCCGCCGGCGAAGAGGAGAGGAAGGCGGCAAUGGGGAACAGCCUGCGGUGCUGCCUGGCGUGCAUGCUCCCCUGCGGCGCGCUGGACGUCGUCCGCGUGGUGCACCUCAGCGGCCACGUCGACGAGUUCACCUGCCCGCUCAUCGCCUCCGACGUGCUGGCCGCGCACCCCAGCCACGCGCUCACCGCCGCGGGCUCCGCCGGCGCCGCCAGGAGGAUCGUCAUCGUGUCGCCCGACUCGGAGCUCAGGCGCGGCCGCAUCUACUUCCUCAUCCCCACGGCCUGCUCCGCGCCGGCGGCCGAGCUGAAGCGGCCCAAGCAGCAGCAGCAGGGCCACGGCGCGUGCCAGUCCAAGACGAAGAGGCGCCACGGCCACGGCCACCGCAAGGGCGGCACGGCGGUGGCCGCCGCGGCGAGCACGGCGGAGCAGGACAACUACCUGCGGGAGCUCCUGUCCGAGAAGCGGGAGUCGGGCCACCGGCGGCGGCGCAGCAGCAGCGCCCGCGCCGGCGUGUGGCGGCCGCGGCUCGAGAGCAUAGCCGAGGAGUCCUCCGACUAGCAAGUAGACUGAUUUUCCACUUCUUUUGCCUCUCUACUUCCGCUUUCGGUUUCGAUCUUCCGCUGUGAAUAUGAUUGAUCGAUUGCUGAGGAGCCUUUUUGUCUCUCCGUCAAAGCUUAAUCUCCAUAAUCCUGAUGAAAAGUGUAAGGAUGCUCAUUCAUUCUGGCUCGGAAGUCGAUGGGGAAAUUGAAAAAAUGAAAAGAUCGCAAGAUCUAGAGUUUGUACAAACAGAAUGCGGACUAGGUUCGUUGAUUUGUUUA